AAAACGUGACCUCAGAUGAUGGGAGUGAAGUUAGGUUGUUCAUCAGACAUCAGACUUCGGCUCUAAAAUGUCGUCGUAAACAAAUUCAAUAUACGUCAAAAUACGUGAUUCAUCUACCUGAAAUAGGCACAUUGUUUCGCGAUGGUGCGGGGUGUGUGGGCGGUGCUCCGGAUGGUGUCCCGCGAGGGAGCGGCUGUGCAGAAAUCAAACGUACCUUGCAGAGCUGCUGUAUUGUGCUCCAGACGCGUCUGCUCAGCCAUCACAGCCCAGUGCAGAUCUAUAGCCAGUGAGGCGAGACACCUGCGGUCAGCCGUCAGAAUGCCUGAGAUAACCACAGACCACCUGGACGAGAAGCAGGUGCAGCUCCUGUCCGAGAUGUGCAUCCUCAUCGACGAGAACGACCGCAAGAUUGGAGCGGACACCAAGAAAAACUGUCACCUCAACUCCAACAUCGACAAAGGUUUAUUACACAGAGCUUUCAGCGUCUUCAUUUUCAACAGUGAAGAGAAGCUGCUCCUGCAACAGAGGUCUGACGCCAAAAUCACUUUUCCAGGCUGUUUCACAAACACAUGCUGCAGUCAUCCUUUACACACACAGAGUGAGCUGGAGGAGAAAGAUGCCAUUGGAGUGAGGAGAGCUGCUCAGAGGAGACUCAAAGCUGAACUUGGUAUCCCCAUGGAACAGGUGACACCAGAUGAAAUGACGUACCUGACAAGGAUCCACUACAAAGCCCAGUCAGACGGUGUGUGGGGAGAACAUGAGAUUGACUACAUCCUCUUCAUGCAGAAGGACGUGGAUUUGAAUCCAGACCCCAACGAGAUCAAAAGCCACUGCUAUGUGAGCAAGGAGGAGCUGAAGGAGAAGUUAGAGAAGGCCAAGAACAAGGAACUGGAGAUCACACCCUGGUUCAGCCUCAUCGCAGAGACCUUCCUCUUCACGUGGUGGGACAACCUGCAGAACCUCAAGCAGUUCAUGGAUCACAACAACAUCCACCGCAUGUAACCGCAAAAUAGGAUCAGGCUCUACCUCCAGCCAUUUCAAAUCUUUGGUUGUACUUGCCUGACACACAGGCACAGCAAGCUGAGCUGCUAGAGACCCUGACUCUCUGAUGUUGAAUAAUAAGCACCACUAGCUGCUUUUGUAAAAGUAGUAUUAAAUGUAGGACGUCUCCACCCCAAGAGGAAGCAGUCCUACAGUAGUCUUGCUUAACAUGGGGGGGGUGAUGAGGUUUACAGUAGGAUUGUAGCUCUGAAGUGCAUUCAUCUACACAAGAGAUGUGAUGCAUGUAGGGCUGGAAGGAUGACUCUCAGUAUUCAAAACCACAUACCACAUUUGACUGAAUUUACAGACCGAACUUAAGUAAGGACAUGUAACAUUUAAUCAGGUAGAAAAAUACUUCAUGCGUGUUGUCAUUGACGGCUAAGUGAAGCAAAUAGCCUAUUUUGUAACGCUUAAAGUGCCUAAGUACAGGUCAUUAGGUCGAGGUGAAUAGCAUCUGAAAAUACUGAUGUCAGUACACCCACCGUCAGUCCUACUGUAUGCUGUUGACAAUGAUUUCAGUAAACAAGUACCUUCUGUGUACCAUUUUCCACAAAAC